AUAAGGCGCUAGAUGGGAGGCAACCCUUCGUUUUAUUGUUUUAUCGUUUUGUCGUUUUAGUAUUUUUUCUUUUUGAUAAAUGAAAAUCCAAAAAUAAGAGUCGUGCCACGACCAAAACUAAGGCGCUUGGUGGGAGGCAACCCAUCGUACUAAUCGUUUUCAUUUGUUUGAGCAAAUAUAGGUGUAAGAAGUAUGCAACGAGGAGAUUGAUUUCAAUUGACGAUUUGGUCGCGUUGUAUGGUAAAGGCGGUACAAUGGCACCGAAAGCAAGGCAAGGCAAGGAGAAGGCUACCACAACCCGCAAGGACAAAAAGAGAAGCCGAAAAGACCAAGGCGAAUCAUCUUCCGCACACCUACCACGCAGAAUGUUCGGAAUCAAAUGGGUUCUUAAGGAAGAAGCCAGGGCAUGGUACAGCAGCAACAAAGAAAAGAAAUAUGUGCACGUCGACUUAAUCAAUAAGGAGACCUUAGCAAAGAAGGAGCCGCAAAUGUUGGCUAAGAUUAUGGCUUUGAAGCUGGAUUUCAUCUUCCGUGACAUGGGAGAGUGCAAUCUUGACUUGACAAGAGAGUUUUAUGCCAACUGGUCGCCAAACACAACAGGCAACGAAGUCAAAAUUCGGGGCCAAGUGUUACAGCUUACAGCGGAUUGGAUCAACUCGUUUCUAGGCCUACCUUCGGUCGACACUGCACCAUACAAAGAGCUGUACAGCAGACCUCCUUACAGAGCUAUAAGACACACGCUUUGUGGAAGCAGAUCGAUGGCGAGAUGGGGCAGACAUAAGGAAACAGGCCGUCACAACACAUUCCCCUAUGCUCCACUAAAUAGGGAAGCAAGAAUCUGGAUGCGCAUUGUCAACUCAUGCCUCAUUCCUGGGACGCAAUACACAAAGAUAUCGAGAGAUGGAGUGUGCCUGGUUUAUUCAUUAAUGACGAAUGUCCCUAUCAACUUUGGGGCAAUCAUUCGAUCCACCAUGAGGAAAGCCAGACUCCACAGCAGGUCCUAUUUCACAUUCGGCAAUUUGUUGACAGCAAUGUUGCGGAAGGAGGAUAUAGAAGAGGAACCAGCUGACCACAAACUCCCACAUACCCCAAAGAAGGUUGACCUCACCAAGGUCAAAGAUGCUGAAACAACGCAUGGAGUCAACCUUACCACUGCGGAGAGACAUGCUCGUGACGAGAGUUUCUUCCGUCAUCUCUAUGGCAUGACGAGAUUCACUAUGAUGAGUGGUGGACGUAUUCCAACUGCUGAAGAGCUCCAACAGCUGGACCACGACUACCCAAUGAACAGACAUGCCCGGGAGAUGUGUGGAGUGGGAGUAUAUUUCGAGGAACCUCUUGAUGAUGACGUGCCAACUGAUGAUGAUAGACGCUUGCCUGAUUCUGAUGCUGAGGAGAACUCUGACGAUGACUCUUACGAUGACUCGAACGAAGGGGGUAUGACAUUGAGGAAGAGUCCGACUAAUCAGGUUCUUCGACUUUAUUUUCCACUGAGGGCAGUGUCUAGUCUAAGUGUGGGGUGUCGGCAGAAUCUGCAUGCUAUAUUUGUAUGUUUGCUUGUUUAUUUUGUUUUAUUUAUUUUGUUUUGAGUCCGAUUUUUUUUGUGAUUUUUUUCGUGUGACGUUUUUUUUAGUUUUUAGUAGUUAAAAUUUUUCUAGCCUCGCAUGAAAUUAUUUUAAUAGGCAGCAUGAGAUUAUAACAAUAGUAUGUAUUACAAUUGUGACUAUUGAAACAUUUAGGCUCUAGUUGUGACUCAUUAUGUGAUAGUGUGUGAUUCAAUUCCUUCACUUGUUGGGUUGAGAGUCUAUAUUGCUACCAAUCAAGUCGACCAUGUGCCUUGUGUGUGUGAGAUAAUAGUAUAUUCUAUGUAUGUGGCUGAUGCUAGAACUUGCCUGGUAUGUAUGCAAAGCGAAAAUAAGGAGUGUAAGUUUAGGAUAUGAUUUAGGCAUUUCUUUGGCAACCUAUAUUUGUUUACCUUCAGUUUUACCUACCCAUGGACAUCAUCCUAGUUAAACCCUUUUGAGCCUUUAGCCUAUUUCUUUGACAACCUUGUAUGUAAGCCUAAUUCAUUUUUUUUCAAGACCGUAAUUUGAUCCAAAUUCCUAAGUGCUUUAAAGUGAAAAAGUCAUGUGACAACAUAAGAGGAAAUUGGUUGAGUAUGAUGCUUUAAAUUGUAAUGGUGCUUGAAUAUGUUAUGAAAAAGAAAGUGCUAUCAUAAGAGGUAUGUUGUGAGAAGAAAAAGGAAAAGAAAGCUGAAAAGUGAGUUGUGCUUUAAAAUUGAAAAACAAAAGAGGAGAACAAGGGAGGUAAAAAAAAAAAAAAGUGUCAAUAAUACAAUGUGAUGUAUUAAAGUGCUUAGGAACUUAGUCACUAUUUCUGGCCAAAAUAGUUGAUCCUACCCGUCCCUUAGCCUACAUUACAACCAUCAAAAGACCUACUUGAUCCUAACCUUAACAUUCCGACAUUUAGUGGAGUACUACAUUAAGGGCAAGCCUAUGGUCAUUAGCUGCUACAUAUGAAUUCUUUGUGAGAGUGAGCGCAAGGAUACUUUGCUGCCCAUGUUUGAAAAAUAUGCUAUACUUGUGAGUGAUUAUGGGUACUAUAUUGUGAGACACACAUGGUUGAUGAGUUUUGGAUAGUUGUAUAUGAUUCUAUGUACCUUAAACGUUUGCAUGCGAGUUGAUCACCAUCACGAGUCUAUGCUUGAGGUUAAAUUGUUUCUACUUAUAAUCGGAAAGCUACUCUUCGUUGAUAAUUGUUGUGCUUGUCUUGAAGAAUGUUUUGUGUUGUUUCUGUAAAAACCUUAAGUCAAUGCUUAGAAGGACAUGAUAUGUUGUUCGAGGA